GCCAUGGCGGAACCGGCGGGGCCAUUUCAUGUGCUCCGAAGCGGGACAGGUCGGUUCCUCUGCUACUGCGGACCCGACGGCGUCGUCUAUGUGACCGACGCGAUGGAGGUCUGGGCCGGGGAGCUCGGUGGCUGCCCGGCGCUCGGCUCUCGGUGCCCGCCGGCGGAGCACGGCGCGAUGCUCAGGGCCGCUCUGGGUCACGGGGCCGCCGCGCUGAGCUUGGGCCCGGCUCCGGCCGCGCUGCGGCUGCCGGAGGAGCCGCAGUGCCCGGCGGUGGCUCUCGCCCAGCUGCCCACCGCCGAGGCGCGCAGCCAGCUGCAGGCGCUGGUCUUCGGCAUGGCCGGCCGCAUCGAGAGCCUGGAGAAGCGUCUGGAAGCAGUGGAGACGUUAGCAUCUUCCUGCAGCCCUGAGAAGAGCACUGCCCAGAGCCAGCACUUCCUGCCAGACCCCAGCCCCAGGAAGAGUAAGGCUUCUGGCUCAGCUUUGCCAGGCAAAAGGAAGGUACCGGGGGAGUCUCUCAUUAACCCUGGUUUCAAAAGCAAGAAGGCACCAUCUGGAGUGAAUUUUGAGGACUCCUGAUGACAGCCCUAUGCAUCCCUAUGUCUGAGUGAGGAGGUGUCCCUGUUGUUCCAGACCUGCUGAGCUCCUCGACCCAGGAAGACAACAGAGGCAGCAGUACCUGGCAGCCACCCCUCAGCUUUCCCCUUUGGGGGGAACAGAUGGAGCAGAGGGGACACCAGCAUGGUGCGUUUUUCCCCUGCAGCUCUUCCUGGUGGC